AUGAGCUGGCAGUUGGCCUUGGAAGGGGCGAGCCAGAGCCAGCCUGCAAGCGACUCGCCCCUCUUGCUCUUGCCCGGAUCUGCGCAAGUCGGCCGUGGACAGACUGCCAUCAUCCGGUCGACCCACCAGUCUGUGUCAAGAGUUCAUGCUGAGCUGGUGAUCAAUGCAACCGAAGGUUCUUUGGCUGAUGUGCGCCCUUUGGAAGUCAGUCUCAUUGACCGCUCGUCCACCGGCCACACUUUUGUGAAUGAGCUGAAGACACCGGGCAAAGGAGUUCCGGUCAAGCUACAGGACGGCGAUUUCUUCACGUGCGGCAUUGACCCACUACGCUACACACUGAGGUGGAGGCCCAUUCUCCUCAGCGUCUCUAGCCGUCUCUCGGCACCUGAGCUGCGGGGCUUGGAAGACCUGGCCCGUGCAUGUGGAGUGUUCCUCACCACAGAGUGGACGCAGCAGUGUACCCACCUGCUGAUCGAGCAGUGGGCGAUCACUCCGAAGCUGCUGUGCUGCAUCAUCGACGGUGCGUUGCCAGUCACUUCAUCUUUCCUUGACGAGCUCGUGUCUCGCCGCGACACAGAGCUCCGACCAGAGCCAGCCGCGGCCUCUUGUGCCCCACGCCCACCUGGAGGAGCCGAUGCGGCCUACGGCGACGAGCUCUCCGCCUAUGCCAGCAGCCCAUCUCCACGGCGUCAGCUCCUGAAAGGCAGCUGGAUCAUUUUCAGUCACAAGCAGGCCUAUGAUGCACUCCACCUGCCCCUAGAGCAUGCAGGGGCAUCGUUCCUGUUGGUGGCGCAGGAUGUGCCAGCCGGCAGCGUGGUACAGGACCUCAAGCGAGGUGUGGCGAUGCAUGGAGCUCCGAGUGAGGUAUGGAUCAUCCCAGCUUUGCCGCCAGGACUGGCACCCCUACUCUCAGAGCUUGGAGAGCUUCGCUGCCCGUGCCUGGUCGUUGGCCAGCAGGCUGUGGUGGCGGCGCUACUCUCAGGCCAGAAGACGCGCGCGACCGACACGGCAACCAUCGUUCCGAAGACGGAGCUUCCAGAGAGCUUCCCAGACACGCAUCAGAACGAGUCGACACAGGCACAGGCACCGCUCCGGCAGAGGUCCAGGAUAAGCCGCAAGCGCCCGAUGCCUUGGGAUGGAGAUGCUUUGCCCAAGCCAGCGCCAGAAGCCAAGGAGGAGACGGUUCCACAGCCAGUUCAUCGAAGUGAGGUGGAGCUAAAGGUGAAAGAGGAACUCGGGGAGGAGCUCGGAAGGGGGCCGGAGAAGGCGAAUGCCGAGCAGCCUUUGCCCUCGCAGAGCGGACCGAAGGGCGCCGCAGAGCGCGCGCACGCUCUAGGCGCAUCUGUCCCAGGGCACAAGCCUGAGCCAGAGCGUCCCGCCGAGGUGAUUCAUAGCCAGCAGGCUACUCUGAGCAUGAGAGCAGCAGUGCCGCCAAUGUCGCAAAGACCGAAAUUGGAAGAAAAACAGGAAGAAAAGAUCAGUCCGGGCACUAUACAAUCCGUCCAGUCGACGCAUCUUCCUCCGGAGGUGAAGACGGAGGAAGAGCUCAUCAUCGAUGGCGCUGAGCCUGUUGUACAUCCGACCGGGAUCUGGCUCAAUCCUUUGAAGGCGCGGUGUUCGAAUCGGCUCGUGCUGGAAGGCGUCGAGCUGCCUCGCGCUUCGUGGGCAACGGCAGACAAGCGCGCGCCGGAGGUGCACCCAUCAGAAGGGAAGCCCAACUUCAAGCGAUUCCGCAAGGGCCAGAGCACUGAAGUCACAACCUUCGUGCAUGUGGUGCCCUGGGCACCCCCGGCACGUCGACUGGAUUUUGAGACCCAGCCCUCCAUCGACAUGCGUGAGAGCGAUAUUCCGAACUUGGGCAUGUGA